AUUCCAAACAAGGGGGGCGUAGAGAAGUAGAGUGAGUAGGGAGGGAAAACCGGAGGAGUCGGGAGAGAGGACGAUAUAACAGGGGGGGGAGUGUGCAGUUGACUACAGACAGAGAGAGUGAGAGAGUGAGAGAGAGCGAGAGAGAGCGAGAGAGAGAGAGCGAGAGAGAGAGAGAGAGAGAGAGUGCAGCUCGCCGGCCCAUUGAGGAAAGAUGGCUACAGUCACUGCAAACGGAGUGCAGCAAGAGAAUGGAUUCAGCACCACGAACAGCGCCGGCAGGAUGAACGGGCUUACCAUCGGUCAGAACACCAUUCCAAUGAAGGACCACGACGCCAUCAAGCUUUUCAUCGGGCAGAUUCCCAGAAACCUGGAGGAAAAAGACCUGAAACCCCUGUUUGAGGAAUUCGGAAAGAUAUACGAACUCACUGUACUGAAAGACAGAUUCACGGGAAUGCAUAAAGGAUGUGCCUUUCUAACAUACUGUGCCAGAGAGUCAGCACUGAAGGCCCAGAGCGCCCUCCAUGAACAGAAGACUCUGCCAGGGAUGAACCGACCCAUCCAAGUAAAGCCAGCCGACAGCGAAGGACGAGGAGAAGACAGGAAGCUGUUUGUCGGAAUGCUUGGCAAGCAGCAGAGCGAGGACGACGUCCGGCGGCUGUUCGAGACCUUUGGCCAGAUUGAGGAGUGCACCGUCCUGCGAGGGCCUGAUGGGGCCAGUAAGGGCUGCGCCUUUGUCAAGUUCUCCAGCCACUCAGAAGCGCAGGCCGCCAUCAACAGCCUGCAUGGUGGACAGACUAUGCCUGGUGCCUCGUCCAGUCUGGUGGUCAAAUUUGCAGACACUGAUAAGGAGAGGACCCUGCGCAGGAUGCACCAGAUGGCAGGCCAGCUUGGCAUCUUCAGUCCCAUGACCAUCCAGUUUGGGGCCUAUGGGGCCUACUCUCAUGCUGUAAGUCUCAGCCCGGCGGGGGAGGAGACGCAGAUGAUGCAACAGCAAGCAGCCCUGAUGGCAGCAACACAAGGGUCCUACCUGAACCCCAUGGCAGCCAUCGCUGCCGCGCAAAUGCAGCAAAUGGCAGCUUUCAAUGUCAACGGCCUGGUGGCUACUCCCAUGACACCGUCCUCAGGCACCAGCACACCCCCGUGCACAGCCGUGUCCAGCAUAGCCCCCAUCGGGGUCAACGGAUUCGGUGCCCUCCCUCCUCAAAGCAACGGCCAGCCCAACUCUGAGCCCAUCUACACCAAUGGUAUUCACCCUUACCCAGCACAGAGUCCAACAGUGACCGACCCUCUCCAACAGGCUUACGCUGGCGUCCAACACUACGCAGCAGCCUACCCAGCCGCCUAUGCGCCAAUCAGCCAAGCGUUCCCCCAGCAACCAACCAUCAUUCCCCAGCAACAGAGGGAAGGGCCAGAAGGUUGCAACCUGUUUAUUUAUCACCUGCCCCAGGAGUUUGGAGAUGCGGAGCUCAUGCAAAUGUUCCUGCCUUUUGGCAACGUCAUCUCCGCCAAAGUCUUUGUGGACCGAGCAACCAAUCAGAGCAAAUGUUUCGGCUUUGUGAGUUUUGAUAACCCGUCCAGUGCUCAAGCCGCAAUCCAGGCCAUGAACGGCUUUCAGAUAGGCAUGAAGAGGCUGAAGGUGCAGCUAAAGCGGCCAAAGGAUGCCAACCGACCUUACUGACUCGUCUGCUGUCCAUACCCAGGAUGAAGGGCCACAACACCUUAUUUCCACAAGUGCAGUAAAAGUACAAAGACUUCUUGCUCUGCUACAUAUCAUGAAGGAAGGGUGGCCCCUUGAUCCAGCUGGAAACCCGUUGAAAGAUUGGGUGACUGAGAGAGGGAUCCCAGAGUUUUUCUGUUUUUUUUCUUCUUUCUUCGCAAAUGCCUUUUUUUCCCUGUUUUGCUUUGGCGUCUGUGGAAAAAGAUAUUUUGCAGAGACCAACUUUUUGCUGCUGUUUUUUAGACAUGAUGGGAAAAAAAAAACCUUUAUAGACUCAUUAUGCUCAAAGCAUGCAUACUGACACAAGAUAUAGAUAAACACAAAUAACAAAACAAAAACACACAUUUAAAGAUGCUACACUU